UCUUCUUAAAGUGUCUAUAAGUUUUAAUCUCAAUGACUCCGUUAUUCAAAAGCAGUGAAUUCGCGCCAACUGUACCGGACUUUGUGCAUAUACAUUAUUUCAAAUAAAAUUUUGGGUGUAAAACUUUUUCAAAUGGACACCGGAUGAACCGAGAAGCAAACUACAAAUAACAUUACUGGGAUUAUUUAUCGUUUUUUCGAUUUUCAGUUUAAUAAGCAUGUUGCUCUACGUCGUGUAUGAAGAUUUGGAGACCUUACUAGAAGUAACUGAGUUUAUUUUGUUUUGGGGAUUUACGCUGAAUGCACUGAUGAAGGGCUGUUCAAUGCUUUGUUUUCGACGUGAAAUCGAAUCUAUACUUAAGGGUUUAAUUGUCAAACAUCCAAAAACGGAGGAAGAGCGCGUAGCUUUUCAAUUGGUGCCAUACUUUAGAACAAUUAAUACAUCUAAUAAAUAUUUAUCAAUAUGGCAUUUAAGUAUAACAUCAAUGUUUGUUUCUCAUCCAGAUGGCAUCGAUAUAUGGUUAUAUAAGCCGUGUAGAUAAGAAUAAAGGUUUUGACUUCACGUUACCCUUCAUGAUGACUUAUUUCUAUGAUGUAAAUCAACCGUUAGCUUAUGCCGUUUCAUAUUUCUUACAAUGCUGUGGCGCAUUCCAUAUGUCACUGCUAUUUUUGAGUGGCGAUUUAUUGCUCAUCUCCAUGGUACACUUGGUUAACAUGCAUUUCGGAUAUUUAAUCUAUAAAAUAGAGAGUUUUCAACCAAGCGGUACGGAUGCUGACAUGAAAGUGCUAGGACCUUUAAUGGAAUAUCACGAUGAGAUGUUGUUUUAUGCGGAGCGAAUCGAUAACACUUUUGGUUUGGCCACACUUCUCAACUAUGUCAGCUCAUGUUUGGUCCUUUGCUUCAUCGGUCUUCAAAUAGUAAUGGGCUCAGAGGCUGUGAGCGUUAUUAAAUUUAUCGGUUUUCUUGUUUCAACUAUAGUGCAGGUCUACUUCGUCUCCUAUUUCGGCAAUAAUCUGAAAGAUUUGAGCACUGGCAUAAGUGAUGCGUUCUACAAUCAUCCCUGGUACGAUGCGAAUUACAAGUAUAUGCGCAUGCUGGUGUUGCCCAUAGCACGUGCUCAGCGUUGUGCCCACUUGACGGCUUUUAAAUUCUUUGAGAUCUCAAUGGAUAGUUUUAAGUCGCUCUGUACGACAUCUUACCAAUUUUUUACACUUAUGCGAACGAGCAUUGAGGAAGAGGGUGCUUAAAUGUAUCGAAAAUAAGCGAAACUUUUGCGUGGUUGUCUCACAUAUAUCUUAUGAAUAAAUAUUUAACUAACUCUUUGUCGUCCCACUGUAUAUACUGCAGACCUAGGCACUGUGGUGCAUAAUGGUCGAAAUAAAUAUUAAACAUGAAA